AUGACAGUUAAUGAAGAUAGAUUUGUGAAGAUGAACUUUAUUGUGGUGGUAUUCCUUUUCGCUUUAAGCGAACUGGCAGCGGGUCAGUCGGCUGCUGAUUUGGCAGCCUACAAGCAAAUGCAACAAGCCUGCAUCAAGGAGCUCAACAUUGCAGCCAACGAUGCCAACUUGCUGACCACGGAUAAGGAGGUGGCCAAUCCCUCGGAGUCGGUGAAGUGCUAUCACAGCUGCGUGUACAAGAAACUAGGACUCCUCGGCGACGAUGGAAAGCCCAACGCCGACAAGAUCGUCAAGUUUGCCCAGCUCCGUUUCAGCAGCGUGCCGGUCGACAAACUGAAGUCCCUGCUGAAUAGUUGUGGAGCCACCAAGUCGUCCACCACAUGCGACUUUGUCUUUAACUAUGAAAAGUGUGUGGUUAAGGGAUUCAGUGCCUAAAGGGUGUCCCCAACAAUCAGCAUCCGUUUAAAACAAUAAACUUAUUUUGAAGUGUUCAACGCA